AUGGAUGACAAUACGGCAACGCUGACUGCUCUCCACCAGCAGCAGUCACACAAUCGGUUCGUUCUUUUCCAACUUUUCCGUUUUCUUUUUUCACAUGCAUUUACUGAACGCCUUUUUCAGUAUAUACAAAACUAGGGAUGUUGAUGUUUAUGAUCACAUUGUCCGAUUUUACUAACAAAAAAGGAGGAGACCUUGAUAGUAUCAUACAAUAUCACUCGUCUCUUUCUUCAUUCCCUUCUCAGCCAUUUGAUCUCUUUGUCUCCCAAAACGAUCUCGAUCUCCCGCUGCGUCCCAUCCAUUUCUCCCUUCAACUUCUCGUAUUCAGAUUCUCGAACCCGCUGGUAUGUGUCGGACCGCUCGAUCAUCAGCCGUUGCUCCAAGAGCAGACGCUUUCCGCUUCCUUGGCUCCAUUAGGGCACAAUCCGUACGCCUUCAACUACUCGAUUCCCCUUCCGCCGAGUGAAAUCACUAAACUUCCGAAAUGUAAUAUAUCCUCAAUACUAAGUUCCUAUAUUCUCAACUCCCCCCAUGUUUUCAGUAGAACUUAUUUCUCUGGAUGUGAAACAAGAAGAAGAGGAUCGGACCGAAUCGACGAGUCCGACCGGAUCAGCCGGCAAUGUGAGCACGAACGGAAAGACUCAGAAGCCGAGAAGACAGAGAACGCACUUCACGAGCCAUCAGGUACGCAUUCCAAUGCCCUCUUUUGAGCUACAAUGUUUUCUGUUUCAGUUGACCGAGCUGGAGAACUGGUUCUCACGGAAUCGUUAUCCGGACAUGGCGACUCGAGAAGAAAUCGCUAUUUGGAUCAGUCUGACGGAGCCGCGCGUCCGGGUGAGUUGGCUGAUUUUUACAUGAUUCGUUACAUCAAUCAACGCGUAUCCCGAUCGUUUCGCGGUCAUAAAACCGUCGCGGAAUGCGGUCACCAUCUGCCAAUUACCGUAGUAGGCAUUGAAAAGAAAAAGAGGAAACAAAUGGAAUAAGGGAGUCGUGUAAUGAGAAAAUGAGCGAAACGGAGCCCGUCCUCCAUUCCGCCAAUGUGCUAAUUGAAUCCGUCGUUGUUUGCAGGUCUGGUUCAAGAACCGAAGAGCCAAAUGGAGGAAGCGCGAGAGGAAUUAUGUGAUCGACAACGGGCAGGGAGCCGCCAAAUCGGCCGGGAUGGGCCAGACAAUCGGAGCGCAGAGCCUCGAUCCGCUCGGAUCUCUGCAGAAUACAUUCCCGCAGACACUCCUGCAGGGCAGCAGUCAGGUACGUUUUCCGCAAUGUUUAUGUGCUCAAAGUCUCGUUUUUCUCUCGUUUUGCUCGCCAGAAAUGUUGCCUCUUAUGGCAUAAACAAUCGUAAGGCGGACUCGUCCAGUCGAUUGACUCCCUCGACUUCUCAAAUGUUCCAUGAAGGGAUUGCUCCAUUUCGAUUACAGAUCGACGAUUCCGCAGUCGCCUCAUCCUCAUUCUACGGAUACGGAGGCGCGUGGCAACCGUCUCCUUACCAGCCGAGAAGCAAUCAGGCAGCAUUCAACUGGCAGAUAAAACCACAGGUAACUGGCGGGAAAACGGGAUGGAAAUGACAUCUGAGUGAGUAGGAACAGUUUCAGUUCCAAACGAUUCCGAUGUCGCCGACGACGGCGAACCGAUUCUCGACGCCAGGAAUCACUCAGCUUCCAUCGUGAGUUGUACUCUUUCUACCUCAAAGAAUUCUGGUUAUGAUUCGGACAGUAAUGACUGUUUGAUGUUUGUAUUCUCGCUAUAAAGUAAUGAGAAAGCAUAAUCUGAAUCUUAAUCUGAAUUUUUUGGCAUGUUAUAAAUGUUUUUGUCUGGGGGACUUUUAAAAUUAUAAAGGAAGUGCACAUUUUUCGAAUUAUUGAAUUUCAGAGCACAAGCGGCAUUCUCGACUUCUUCGAACGAUAAACUGAAGCUGAUGGACGGUCUUUCGAAUUCGCUCUCCUCCUCGCUUGGACAAUCCUAUCAAUCCUGCCAGUACAGUGGUCCCCUCUAG